UUUGCACUAUUAAUUACUGCUUUGUUUUAAGUUCGACGGUUAGUUGGCUUAAUGGACUUAUUACCUGAACAAAGAACACAACAAAAAAAAAUUACGGCAUGAGAGGUAUUUGACAAUGAGAUGACAGAUAACAUGAAAAAUGUAAUGGACAUGUGUUUUUGUGUUUGGAUGUAUCAGUUUAAACAGUAAGAAAUUACCACGAGAACUCGGGUCAUAAGUUGCAAAUCAUUUGCUUGGAAAAGAUCAAUUCAAAACGUAUAAAUAAUUAAAUAUGUUUUUUUAACUAAAAUUAUGGAUAUCAAGUAUGAGGAUACUGUUCAGUGCCUUUUCUUCAAGCCUUCACAAGAGAAUAUUAAUUGGGACGAGUUGUGUCACACUUUAAAUGCAACGGCUAACGCAUUGUCCAAGGAAUACAUUUGGCAUCGAGAUGACUUUAAAAUUUGUCGACCAUUAUUAAUAACUGAAUCUUGUAUUCCAUCACACCUUCUAAGCACAACAUGUUUUGGAGACAACAUAGAAGAUGAAUGGUUUAUAGCUUACUUAGUAUUCAAAUUAACAGAAAUACACAAUGGGUUAAUAGUACAGAUAGAAGAUAAUGAUGGAGACUUUCUGUUGAUAGAAGCAGCAGAUUAUUUACCUACUUGGGCUAAUCCUGAAACAACUCGGAACAGAGUAUUCAUUUACAAUAAUCAUGUUCACUUAAUUCCUCCAACUCUGGCAGAACCUAAAGAACCACUAGAAAUAACUGAUGCACUAAAACUGAUAGUGGAUUAUCCAGAAGAAACAAAAGCCUCAACACAAAUAGAAAAUGCUAUCCAUGAAAAAAUUGGAGCUUAUCCUGAUAGAAUAAAAGACUUGUGUCAUAUGGCAACUGUCAGUCUUCCAGUUGGCAUUGCUGCAUUACUGAUACUGAGACCUAAUCUUAUAUCACAUCUUGUUAACAUCUAUUGUAAUCAUGAUGUUUUUGAUGCAAAAAAAUGUAAAAUACUUAAAUUAGAUAAUUGCGUUGAUGUGAGUGUACAAUUUACAAAAUUUCAAUAUGCAAUGCUCUUACAUGCAAAGCCACCAAACAGUUUUGGUCAUAGGAAUGUCUCGUUACGAAACAAAAAAAAUGAAAUUGGUUACAAAUUAUCUUUUGGCUUUCAAGUUAUUAUGAAUCAAUCAAAAAGAGACAAGUUUUCAUCUUUAGAGUAUAUUAAAUAUAUAAAAAAUUUAGAUAAAAAUAAUUACUUUAAUGGUAAUAUAGAAGGCUCAAAGGAUUACAAUCUAUUGUUAGAAAAAGCAAAGGAAUAUUUCAUAGAAACAGAAAGUCCAGUCAUUUCAUAUAUUUAUGAAAAUAUAGCAGAACUUAUGUCUUCCAGUGAAUAUAAAGCGCUUAAAGAAUCAUUGCCACAAAACAAUAAUUUAUAUUUGUUUGAGGAAAAAAGUGACAAUUGGUUAAAUGUAAAUCCUGAUGAAUUAGAUGAUUUAUUGAAUCAAAACUACAAAAAGCAGGUACAUUCUGAUGACCUUAUAAAACCUAGCGUUGUCACAUCUGGUUUGUCUAAAUUUCUCUCUCAAAGAUCGGAUUAUGAAGGAAUUGAAGAUAAUGAAAAUACAUGCAUAGUAAAUGAUCACAUCCAAUUUAAUUCUGAUGAGUUCUUCUCAUCACUUAAACAAAUGUUGGAUGUUGUAACACUAAAUGAUAGUGAUGAAGACUGUAGUGAUUUUAGUGAAACAGAAUCUCAAGAUGAAAACAAUGUUGUCCAGCAACAGCUUGAUAAAGAACUUGCAUCUAAAAUAUGUGGAGGUAAACAAACAAACUUAAGAGAUGACGCAACCAUUUUAUCAAAUUUAGUUAAUAGUAUGAAGGAAGAAGGCUUAUCAGGACCAACAAGCAAUAUUUUGAAAUCAAUAGGAAUAAACAAAUCGGAAAUACUUGAUUCUGAUGAUGAUGAAAUAGAUUAAGUGAUAUAAAUAUGUAUAUUGCAGUUCUAGAUCUAAUAAUUUUUUGCACAGAGAAAUACUUUUAGUAUAAGCUAGUCCUGAUUGUAGCAUAAAAAAAAUGAUACAAAAAAACGGACUCUUGGAAGCGGAGCUUUUAUAGUAAUCAUCAUCAUCAUCGUCAGUGUGGAUUCGUCCAUUGCUGAACAUAGGCCUCCUCCAUUGAUUGCCACAAUAGAUAUUAUUAAAUAUACAAUUUCACUUGUAAUGGCAA